CUCCACUCAAACACCCCAACGGGAAAGGUUUGGAAGGAGUCGCAGACGGGGCGGAACACUCCUAGAAGCAGGCACGGCCGCGGCAGGUGACGGAGAACAUGGGCGACUACGGCGACUGGCGGGCGAUCACGCCCGACGAGGUGCUCGGGUACAACGAGGCGACGCAGGGCUAUCUUUGCCCACAUUCCGCCAACGUCUACGGGAUUGAGUUUAUCGAGUUCAAGAUCCGCGACCUCGACUCGGGCGCUGUCUUGUUCAACAUGCGCAAGCCGGACGAUCUCGUUCUGCCGCCGCCCGUCGAGGGCGACAACUCGGGCCGCUUUGUCUCGUACGACUUUGGCGCUGCCUUUCUCCGCUACAAGACCAUCGGCACCGCCCUCACCUUUUCCGUCGGCCCCGAGCCGGUGCCCAACUUUCGCAUGAUUGAACGCCAUUACUUUGGCGACAAGCUGCUCAAGUCGUUUGACUUUAACUUUGGCUUCUGCAUCCCUAACUCGACCAACUCGUGGGAGGUCAUCUACGAGAUGCCGCAGCUCACGCCCGACGAGGAGGCCGCCAUGAUCGCUGCCCCUUACCACACCAAGAGCGACUCGUUUUAUUUCGUCAACGGUGAGCUCAUCAUGCACAACAAGGCCGAGUACGGGUUCUCCGCCCCCGACGGCGCGUCCGAAGACUGAAACAAACACUACCACACACUCGC